AUGGUGAGCUGCAGUGAGGUGUUGGGUGUGUCGUCAGACAGGUGUCAGAGAGAGGUGUGCUUAAUGCAGACAGAGAGGAGGAGGAGAGAGGAAGGUUAUUUAUGCCUCAGCAGGUCUGGAGGUUUGGAUCUUACAGCGAUGGCUUUCUACAAAGUGAUGUGUUUGGCUGCUGGGCUGAUGCUCCUGACCCAAGAGUCUGAGUCACAGCUGGAUGUUUGUGGUCAGCCAAAGCUCAACACCAGGAUUGUAGGAGGACAGGUGGCCCCUGUUGGCAGCUGGCCCUGGCAGGUCAGUCUGCAAAGAUCUGGGUCCCACUUCUGUGGAGGAUCCCUCAUUAACAGUCAGUGGGUGCUGACUGCUGCUCACUGCUUUCAAACAGUCUACAGGGAUCUAACCCCAAUGCAGGUCUCGACAGUAACACAGAUCAUCAAACAUCCAAACUACAACUCUGGUACCAACGACAACGACGUCUGCCUCCUGAAGCUCUCCUCACCGGUGACUUUCAACAACUACAUUUCUCCCGUCUGCCUGGCAGCUUCAGACAGCAUCUUCUACAGCGGUGUUAACAGCUGGGUCACCGGCUGGGGCAAACUAGAGAAGGAGGUGGGUCAUAAAGACACCUGAUUACUUUUAGAGAAAUGAUGACAAUAAUACAGGGAACAAGUUUGCUGUCUCAGAAAUAUUUAGAGCAAUAAAAUGUUUCCAUGA